GGCACCAAGACGAUGCCAGGGGAAUCUCUAUUGACGCAGGGCCUCGAGUCGUUGGGCAGCUCGUCUAAGAUCAUCCGUAACAAGCUCAACGAGUUGUAUGCACGGGACGACGAGCUACAGGCAGCUCACCAACAGGCCAAGCGUGACGACGACUUUGGCGAAGAAGUGGUCACCAAGUACAAGGCGUUCUUGUCUUGCCGCCAGCAACUGAUCGCAGAGCUGGAGAAGCAAAAGAUUCAAGUGCCGUGGCAGCUACGCAUGACCAUCGACGACCUUGAGCUGACGUUAAAGCAACGUCGCGAAAAGCAGGAGGGCAGGGCCAGCUCCGGUACGAAGACAAAAGAGAAGGAAGGCGACGCGAAGCCUCCCAAGCAGAAUCUUGUGUCAGCCGAAACAGUCCAAACUGCGCAGUCUGGACGAGUCACGGUGGCAUUUCUGGGACCCACACUUAUCGCACUUGUCAUUGCCAUGUUGUGGUAUCAUUACAAUACGUAAGGUUACCCACAGACGACGAAUGUAGCG